AUGUUCAUGCUCAAGAGCCGCGACCAGAACAAUCUUGAGCUUAUCCAGCUGCCGGCUGGUGCGCUGUAUCUCGUCCGCGAAGGGAGCGUAAAGGGCGUGCGCGAGUGCAUCUACCAGGAGGCCUUUGCGACGAUCCGGCGCACCGCGACGCCACGCAACUACCAGCUCGUGGUGACGCGUGCACAGACCGGCGAGGGGCAGCUGCUGGAAGGAGAGGACGCGAGCGACGAGCGUGCGUUCCUUAUCGACGCCGCGCUCGAGUUCCACGCCUCGACCCAGGACGGCCAGCCGACGUUUGUUUGGCGCGACUACGACGGCGGUGACGAGGACCGCAUGCAGUUUAUUGUCGACGCAGACAAGGUGAACGCGGUCACUCGGUCGAUCUUUGAAGUGACCUACCUGCAGUGCGCGUGGGAGCGCAAGACGGGGCGCUCGCACGAAGAGGCCUCGGACGAGGACCUGGAGCGGCUGAAGCACCAUGACCCCAACGCGGUCGACGCGGCAGUCGCCGAGAUCGAGGCCAAGGCCGCGCCGGCACCGGCGCCCGAACCCAAGGCGCCCAAGGCCGAGACGCCGCGCCCGGCCAAGCCCACCGAGUCGCUCCAGUCGAUCACCGGCUCGAGCGAUCCGCAGAUCGUGCUGGCGGCGACCGCGGACCUGUACCUCUACGACCAGGCAUCCGGUCUGUUUAUGCGCCAGGAAAAGGGCGUGCAGGUCAAGGUCGCCGAGGCGGGCCGCUUCCUGUACUGGAUGGUCGUCGACGGCGCCUCCGCGCCGUGGCUCUCGCAGGCGGUCGACAGCCGGAUGAACAUGAACUUUUCGCUGGAGAAUCUGUCGAGCGUGUGGAACUACUACGAUACGGACCACCGUGUCUACUCAUGGCUGCUGCGCUUCUCGGAAAAGGCGGCGUACCUCGCGUUCCAGGAAAGGUUUUCGCACCUGCUCUGGGAGACGCUGCACGAGGAGCCCUGGGGCAAGGCGUCGGACGUCGACAAGCACUAUGUCGAGCAAGCGUACGAGCAGGACGUCGCCAUGACGGCCGCCGACGAGGAGGAGGCCGAGCCCCACCGCGCGCUCCUCUCGCCGCGGCACACGGCGAACCUGAGCGAGGACGAGGAGAGCGCGGAUGAAGUCGAGGCCGAGCUCGAUCCGAUGGACGAGGAGGACGAAGAGUAUGCGGACGAGCCCGAGGUCCCGGUCGCCCCGUCGAGCGACGGCGAGAAGAACUCGCACCUCGCAGUCGGCUACAAGUUUGACCGCUCGUUUGUGGUGCGUGGCAACAAGAUCGGCGUGUUCAAGCACACCGACGACGACCGCCUCGAGUUUGCCACCUCGAUCAACCGCGUCGCGACGCCGGGCGGCAAGAACUUUGCGCCGUCGCGGGCGAUGCUCCACGAGCAGGACUCGGCGAUGGUCCUCAUGGACCCCACCAACACGCACUCGCUCUACCGCAUGGACCUCGAGUACGGCAAGGUGGUCGAGGAGUGGAAGGUGCACGAAGACGUCCCGGUGAACAACAUCCUGCCGAACACCAAGAGCGCGCAGAUGACCGCCGACAAGACGCUCAUCGGCACGUCGCGCAACGGCAUCUUCCGCAUCGAUCCGCGCCAGAACGGCGAGAAGCUCGUGGAUUCGCAGUUCAAGCUGUACACGUCCAAGAACGACUUUAGCUCCGCGGCCACCGACGAGCACGGCCGCCUGGCGGUCGCGAGCAACAAGGGCGACCUGCGCCUCUUUGACAAGAUCGGCAAGAACGCCAAGACGGCGCUGCCGGCGCUCGGCGACCCGAUCCUCGGUGUCGACGUCUCGGCAGACGGCCGCUGGGUCGUCGCGACGUGCCGCACCUACCUGCUCCUGAUCGACACGCUGAUCAAUGACGGGCGGUACGCCGGCGCGCUCGGCUUUGACCGAGCGUUCCCUGCAGACUCGCGGCCGCUACCCCGCCGCCUGCAGCUGCGACCACACCAUGUGGCGUAUAUGGAGUCCGAGGUGAGCUUCACCCCGGCCCACUUCAACACGGGCACGGACCAGGAGACGAGUAUCGUGACGUCGACCGGCAACUAUGUCGUGUCGUGGUCGUUCAACCAGGUGAAGAAAGGCAACCCGUAUGCCUAUGUCCUCAAACGCUACCAAGGUACGGUCGUGCGCGACGAGCACACCUACGGCUCCGACCAGUCGAUCGUGGUCGCGUUUGAGAACGACGUGCAGCUCGCGCGCCGCGCGCAGCUGCACAAGCCGACGCGGGCUUCGCUCGCGCCGCAUGCCGCGCCGCGCAGCAGCCAAGGGCGGGCGCCGCGCAACUCGUAUGGAUAG